ACGCAAAGUAGCCCGCAGCUUUUGGUCACUUAUCAUCAUGACCGUGGUUGCGUCAAGCCCAAAUCCUUCGUUUCUUUCGAGGUGUGCAAGCGCCGCCCCGCCCGUCUGCCUGGUAAGAAAUCUCGUCUCGUCGUACUCGUCGUCCUCGUCGUACUCGUCGUCCUCGUCGUACUCGUCGUCCUCGUCGUACUCGUCGUCCUCGUCGUACUCGUCGUCCUCGUCGUCCUCGUCGUCGCAUGCCCCUGGAGAAACGGCAGUUCCGGAUGCGAUGGGAUCCGACUUCUGGCCCGGGGAGGUCGCCAAGCCACGCGUCCUUCUUUCGGUUCGCGUUCCAUCCCCAACGACGAUGCGCUCGUUUGCUGGCUGGACGCAUCCAAAUGCUCGCUUGUCAGACCCCUAUGGGCCCCCGUUCGUGAGUCCGAGAUGUAAGGACGCUAGUCGAGCACUGUGCGUGAUCGUCGUCCAGCAAGGCAAACCCCGGCAUUAACCCCUGGCUCAAAAGAGGAAGGGAGAGGGAGAGAAGACUAAAGAGAGCGAGAGAGAGAGAGUAUGUGUGUGUGUGUGUGUGUGUGUGAAUGGAUAGAC